GGUGGUGAUAAUAUCUGGGAGCCAAGAAAGAGUGUCAUCCACAACAGUAGCAACAUGUUCCGGAUUUGUUUGAUUUGGCUGGUCUCCAGUUUCUUUGCAGAAUCCAGUGGGCAGAUCAUCACUCAGACACCGGCUUCUUUACAGGCAAGUCCUGGGGACAGAGUGACAAUCCAGUGCAAAGCUGCCUCUUCUGUCGGCCGUUAUAUGGCCUUAUAUCAGUUUAAAUCAGGUCAGAACCCCAAGCUACUGAUUUAUGGGGGUUCAACCCGUUUUGAAGGGACUCCAGAUCGCUUCAGUGGCAGCUACAGCGGCAACGACUUCUCCUUCACUAUCAACGGUGUCCAUGCCGAGGACGAAGGGGUAUAUUGCUGUGGCCAGCACAACACCACACCUCUACACAGUGAUACACUUCAGUACAAAAACCAGCUCAGUGGCCUAAGACAGCAGGAAGGAAUGGCAGUGGGUGUGUUGCAGCAGCACCGCCCUUGCAGUUUGCUGAAUGAGAGGGGGCUGGAAUGGAAAUCCAGGGGGCAGAUUGUCAUCACUCAGACACCAGCUUCCCUACAGGCAAGUCCUGGGGACAGAGUCACCAUCCUGUGCAGGGCUUCCUCUUCUGUCAACAGUAAUAUGGACUUCUAUCAGUUUAAACCAGGGCAGAAACCCAAGGUGCUGAUUUAUUCAGGUUCAAGCCGUUUCGGAGAGACUCCGGAUCGUUUCAGUGGCAGCCACAGCAACACUGACUUCUCCUUCACAAUCAACGGUGUCCAUGCUGAGGACGAGGCAGAAUAA